AUUUCGAAAUGAACACAACGAUUUGAAAUCCUCUAAGGAGUGCACACGGACAUAAGUGCCAUCGCGAAAUUAUUUCCGCAUAGUGAUCGCGUCCGAUUCGAGUGAAGUGAAUUGAACUGUAACGUUCGGCGAGUUACAAUUUUUUUCAUAGAUCUUUUACACAGUGUUGCCAGGAUGCUUUAUUUCGCUUGCAUCGUAACCGUAUGCGCGGUAGCUGUCGUAGGUUCACCGAGUGAAGAUGGCAAAUGGCACCCCUAUAAAUUCGGUGAUACGGGCAAAUACAUCCCGUCAAAUGAAGGAAAAUACGUUCAUGUGCCGAAUCCGUACAUCCACGUUGACAACCCUUACGAUGGAGGCUACGGGCCUUACACGCAUGACUACGAGCCGUACGUUGGAGAAGCAACAGUAGACCAGUACAGGCAUGUGCUUACACCACCUGAUGAGUUACUGCCUUUCUAUAAAGAUGGAUAUUACAAGAACAAUGGUAUCAAGAUCAUUAGACAAAACCACAACUACAACGAGGACAAAUACGAUUUCGAUUUCGAGACGGAAAACAAGAUUCGAGCUGAAGAGAAGGCUGUUUUGAAGAACCCCAACACAAUUGACGAGGGUAUAGCUUCAAAAGGUUUCUACGAGUACAUCGGACCUGAUGGGUUUAUGUACAGAGUGGAGUAUACCGCUGACGAAAAUGGAUUCCGCCCUAAAGUUAAAAGGCUAGAGACUCAAUACUCUGGCAAAUGGGUUUUAGAGAAGGUCAAUUAGAAAUAAGUAAUUGGAAAGCCAUCACGAUCCUCAUUAAAUCAGUAUUUUUUCAUGUAGUCGUUAUGUCUUCAGAAUCAAGUUUCGAUACCACUGAGUAAAUCUUUGAUUGGGUAUAAUCAGAUGCAAAUUAUAUUUUCAACAUUUGAUAAUAUUUUUCAUUUUGACAUUACAACAAAUACGUUUAAUGAUUCUGAGAAAGUUUAGAUUUAACAUUGAACAUGAAUAACGAGUAAGAGAUACAAAAAUGUGUCGGCUUAGAUUAUUUCUAAUUUAUAUUUUAGAGUUAAGGAUUUAGAUACUUAUUUAUGAAAUGUGAUAAUAAAUUUAUAUUUUAAAAAUCA